AUGGAAUGUGGUCAUGAAGAUGGUUCAGAGGAGGAUGACAGUGAUGAUGGAAGAGAACUGAAUAAGUUUGGAGCAUUCUUGGGAAUCACAGAAUUUGCUGAAGGAAAAGAAGUUUCAGAAUCUGAAUCUGAUGUAGGACAGAUAGAUGAUUUCACAGAAUGUUACAAGGAGGUGCGUGAAGCACUGAUUAAGAUUGGACAGGAGAAUCAGAUCUUAAUUAAAGAGAAGCAUCGUCUUGAUGACCUCGUUGAGUCAUUGCAAAAUGAGUUGAAGGAUAAGCUGGCUAUUUCUACUAAAGCAAUAAAAUUUAAGAGAGGUUUGGGGUAUAGUGGACAAGGAGGAUCUCAAACAGGGCAAAUCAAGAGUUCACAUCAUAUGACAAGAUCCUGGAGCAAACUACGGAGUUUAAAGGAAAGGAAAGGAAUCACUAAAAUCAUUCUCAAGGAAAAGGAUAAGAACUCUGCAUUAGAACCUGCAAUUGCGUCAGAACUUGCAACUGCGUCAGAACCUGCAACUGCUUCAAACCCUGCAACUGCUUCAGAACCUGCAACUGCGUCAGAACCAGCAACUGCGUCAGAACCAGCAACUGCGUCAGAACCAGCAACUGCUUCAGAACCUGCAACUGCAUCUGAACUUCCAACUGAAUCAGAAUCUGCAGCCAAAUCAGAAUUUUUCACUACAUCAGAACCUACAACAGAAGCUUGUAGCAUGGAAAAUUCAGUGUUAAAGAGGGAGAAACUCAAGUUAGAGUCUAAGGUUGCAGAAUCACAAAAAUAUGCUGUUGGGAAAGAAGAAGAAGCAUCAUUAGCUAGAGUACAACUUGAAGAAACUCAAAGAAAUUUGAGAAUGCUUAAUAAUGGCACGAAACAGUUAGAUCAUAUUCUGAGCAUUGGGAAGAUUGAUCAACAUGGUCUUAGAUUUAAAGGAAAUCUUUCUGAAUCAGAUCCAAUGUUUGUUCUCUGCUGGUUACUAGAGAAAGCUAUAUCAAUGGGAGAAUGUUUUUAA